UCGUCCCUCGUCUCCCCCGGGUGCGCAGAGGAGCAGGAGAGGGGAGGAGGCGCGGACUGCACACUUGCACUCUGGUAGCCAACGGGAGCACAUUGAGCCCAGGCUGCCACCCCCCCGCCCGCUUCACAGACUGCACUAAAAAGCCACAACAAGAGGAUUUCCCGCCGCAAGAUCAGGAUUUCCUCCUCGGAAUUGCUUGGAGACCUUCUAAUUCUGCUUUUGAAGCUUCAGCAUGGCAGAAGCGGCCCUGGGUGGACACCUGAGGGCCAGGAUGGGUCUCCUGUGGGCUCUGCUGACUCUCCUCAACCACGUGGGGGCUUUCAACCUGGAUACUACUCACACGCUACACAAGCUGGGGGACCGAGGGACCUUUUUUGGUUUCUCUCUCGCUCUCCACCAGCAGCUCACCCCAGAACCUCAGAGCUGGAUCCUGGUGGGGGCGCCGCAGGCUGCCGGCCAGGGUUUGUUGCGAGGUAGUCGACCGGGUGCUUUGUUCAAGUGUCCUAUCACGCCUGAGGAAUAUGACUGUGAGAGGGUGGACAUUGAUGGUGAAGUGAGUCUAAAUAAAGAGAACAAAGACAACCAGUGGCUGGGAGUUACUGUCAAGAGCCAAGGCAUUGGAGGGAAGGUGGUGACCUGCGCUCACCUGUACGAGCUCAGGCAGCGUGUGCACCAACCCUCCGAGACGCGUGAUCCCAUUGGACGCUGCUACGUCCUGAGUGAAGACCUGACGGAGCGAGACGACCUAGACGGAGGAGAAUGGAAGUUCUGUGAGGGUCGGCCGCAGGGUCACGAGCAGUUUGGCUUCUGUCAGCAGGGUCUUUCCGUCAGUUUCACCCCAGACAACAACUUCAUCUUGUUUGGGGCCCCGGGCACGUACAACUGGAAAGGUGAAAUGCGCGUGCAGCUGCUUAAUCAGACGCUGCUCGACCUUGGUUUCUAUGAUGACGGACCCUACGAGGUGGCGGAUCAGAAACAGCUUAAUGCCCGGCUCAUCCCUGUGCCCUACCACAGUUACCUGGGAUUCUCUGUCGACUCGGCCAUGGGAAUAAUGAGACUUGGAGAGUUGACCUUUGUGGCGGGUGCACCGCGGGCAAAUCACACGGGGGCUGUGGUGCUGCUACGCAAGGACAACGUUUACCGGCUGGUGCCCGAGCACAUUUUCUGGGGAGAGGAGCUGGCAUCUUCCUUCGGCUACUCCGUGGCGACCACUGAUCUCAACAAUGAUGGCUGGACUGACCUGAUUGUGGGAGCGCCCAACUUCUUUGACCGUAAGGCAGAGAUCGGCGGUGCUGUCUACGUAUACCUGAACCCCUUCGGUCACUGGGACGAUCAGGCCCGGCCCAUCCGUCUCAAUGGGACGUAUGACUCCAUGUUUGGCAUGACGGUCAACAACAUCGGCGAUCUGGACCAGGACGGAUAUGGAGACAUCGCUGUUGGAGCUCCGUUCGACGGGGACGGCAAGGUGUUCAUCUAUCGAGGCUCGGAUGCAGGAAUCGAAACCAAACCCGCUCAGGUGCUGGAUGGCCGAGACUUUGAAGUGAGGCGUUUUGGAUACUCCAUCUCAGGUGGCUUGGAUGUGGAUGAGAACCACUAUCCAGACCUCGCCGUGGGCUCGCUCAAUAAUUCAGUGGUGCUCUUCAGGUCUCACCCAGUCAUUCACGUGAUUCGGGAAAUCUCUAUUGACCCACAAUACAUUGAUCUGGCCCAGCCUAACUGUAAGGGCAGAGAUGGAGUUUGCAUCGAGGUCAAGGCCUGCUUUGUCUAUGCAGCCCACCCAGUGCACUACUCACCACAUAUAACCCUGGUGGUACGCUUUGAAGCCGACUCGGAGCGCAGGAAGCUGGGCCUCCCCCACCGUGUAAACUUCUUGAGCCGGAGCUCCCUGGAACCAGAGUACAUGCAGACGGAGGAGGUGGAUCUGCAUCGUCAGAAACACCCGGCGUGCACCACCGCUACUUUCCAACUUCAUGAGAACAUCAGGGACAAACUGCGGCCAAUCUCAUUGGACAUCACCCACACGAUCCAACCCGUGCCCCCGCGCAGACACUCAGCCAACAGGCUGGAGAAACUGGGUCCUGUGCUCAAUGUGUCACCUUCCAACACGCUGCACUCGGAGGUGAACUUCCUGCGCGAGGGAUGCGGCCAGGACAAAAUAUGCCAGAGCAACAUGAAGCUGAGCUACCGCUUUGGAACGCGGCCUCUCACCUCUGACCUGUUCACCCCCCUGCCAAGGGACGAGGAUGACGUGCAGGUGUUCUCCUUGUCGGACCAGCGCGUGGUGGUGUUGGAGAUCACCGUCACCAACAUGCCCUCUGACCCAUUACGCCCCGAGGAGGACGGCGAUGACGCCCACGCCGCUCAGCUGCUGGUCUCUCUUCCGAAAACGCUGUCCUACGCUGGCUCCAGGGUGCCUGCUCAGAUGAGGUGUCAAGCCAACCAGAAUGGCUCCGACGUAGAAUGUGACCUGGGGAAUCCCGUGAAAAGAAACACCAAGUUAAAAUUCACCAUCAACUUGAGCACGGCGAACAUCACCAUUGAAACCACUGAGUUGACCGCCGAGCUCCAGCUGACUACCAUCAGCGAGCAGCCUGACCUGGCACCAAUCACGGCAGUGGCCAAAGUUGUAAUCGAGCUCCCUCUGUCUGUCAGUGGGCUGGCUCGUCCUCACCAACUAUUCUUCAGCGGUGCUGUUAAGGGUGAGAGCGCCAUGAGCAGUCUGGAGGACGUCGGCAGCCCGGUGGACUUUGAGUUUGUGGUGGCCAAUCCCGGACAAGCUCUGCAAACGCUUGGCUCCGCUUUCCUCAACAUUAUGUGGCCCUAUGAGCUAGCCAAUGGCAAGUGGCUCCUGUACCCAGUCAGCAUGAACUUCGAUGGCCAUUUGGCAUCACACUGUACUCCGGCGGAAGCGAUGAACCCUUUGAGUCUGCAUGGUCCCUCACCUGCGCAGCUUGUCAAUCAAACGGCUCGGCGAGUUCGCCGCUCCCACCUGGAUCUCGAAGGCCAAGAGACGAGCAGCGGCAGCGUGAAACGAACCGCUCCGGCUGUGGCUGCUUCCGAGAGACGCAAGUCACUCAAGCUGGAUUGUCUCCUGGGGUCAGCACGUUGCGUGCUCUUGCAGUGCCCCCUACACAGGUUCUCCGGACAGGCGGUGCUCAAGAUCCAUGGCAGGCUGUGGAACAGCACUUUCAUCGAGGAGUUCCCGACUGUUAGCGCUCUGGAGCUGCUGGUCAGAGCAGAAAUCACCGUCAAAUCCACCAUCAAACAUCUGCUCCUCAGGGAUGCUGCAGCACAGGUUCCGGUGAUGAUCUAUCCCGAGCCCGGUCUAGUGGAUCAAUACUCAAUCCCCUGGUGGAUCAUUCUCAUCGCCAUCCUGGCAGGCAUCCUUCUGCUCACCCUGCUGGUCUGCAUACUGUGGCGGUGUGGUUUCUUCCAACGGGCCCAUCUCAAAGACAAACUGCCUCAGUACCACGCGGUGAAGAUCCCUCGCCAGGAGCGGCCACAGUUCCAGACAGAGAAAUCUGGCAUUCAUAAAAAGGAAUGGACCACACACUGGAGCGAUGGGUCUUCUUAAACACACCCACACACACAUACAUCCUCAACCUACCACCCCCUUCUGAUCGUGUCACUCAUUUGGACAUACUGCAGUGGUGACACUAGCACAUUGCUGAAGACUGCAUCUUGAGUGAUUGUUUGGCCAUCGUGGUGUGUUUGAAGCAUAUAUGAUGAUUGUUAAACAUAUGGGACGAUGGUGAGGUAGCCUGUGACAAGGACUACUACUCUAUGUGUUGAUUUGUUUUUUGGUUUUGGUUUUGCCUGAACUGCUGUUGCAUUGAUGACCCAUAUGGGCAGUUUUUAUAUAAUAUUAUUAGUUUUAGUAUCUGCAAGGCAGACAGAUUGAAAUGGCCGAAAAUCAGUUCCCCUAAGUAGUGCUGGGUUUUUUUGUUGUUGUUGUUGUUUUGGGGUAUUUUAUUUUAUUUUUUAUUUUUUUUUGCUUUUUUGUGUGGGACCCUGGUUCUUGUGUAAGUUUACCAGAAAUCCUGGGCCUAAAAGUGGGUAUGGCAAAAACAUGCGAUUUAUGGGCAGACCUGAUUUCUGACAUAUUCCAAUUUCAUCCCAUUCACCCAAAACAUGCACACUGGUUGGUGUCAGAUUCAUUUUCAGGUUGGGCCAUGACUGUGAAAAUCAUCUAUACGCACACAUACACACACACACACACACACACACACACACACAUCUCACAACAGCAUUUGGCCCCGAUGCAUGCGGACUGUACAAGGAGUCCUCGCUUUAUAAGGAAAGGAAUGCAACUUGCACUUUCACCCUUGCCAGGGGUAAUAAAAUUACCCUCACAGUUUUCAUCAAUCUGGUGAGCAGCAACAUUUUCCUGAUUUUGAUCUUUUUCUCAUUUCACUUUUUCUUCUUGAAUAUUUCACAAUGAGUCAUCUUAAAUUCAUCAAUGAGUCCUCUUGCCGCUUGAGCGUCUUUAUUUUAAAUCUUUACCUGACUGAGACUGUUGUUUGCCGCUGACGACAAUCAGUUCAUUGUUGUUUGUUACCACGGAAACGUCAAAGAACACGUCUUCCUUUAAUACCCGCAAAAAUCAUGAUCUGUCGUGCGUUUCUGCAUUUCUGUGUGUGUGUGUGUGUGUGUUGUUCACCUUUUGAAUGAGCAGGUCCUGAUGGUCAAAGGUGGUCAGAUGUGGUUUUAGUUGUAAUGUGUAACGCAAUUUUUUUGUUUUGUUUUGUUUGGGACAGGUACAAAAGAUUUUACAAUUCAGUAGACGUUUCAAUACUCCAUAUAUUACCUAAAGAGGAUAUAUUAUGGAACGUGUGCUCUUUAAUUGUUUGUAUGUACAAACUAUGUAUAGUUGGGAGUUUCUGUCCAUUCAUCAAGUGUGAAAUUGAACAAACAAGUCCAUUUUGUUACCUGCUAUCCCCACUCGUGGUUUAGCGCAAUCGCCAUUCAUUUUUACAAUGGAUGUAAGGAGAAAAACGACAUCAAAGCAAAAAGGUAAGCAGACCUGAACUAACUUUUGUCAAACGCACAAAAAUGCUAGGUUGGAUUUGUUGACACGGUGGGAAUGGAGGCCUAAUUGCAUUUGACAAUGCAUCCGCUGCAUUGCACCACAAACCUGGAUCCUCAUAGUCGUUUCAAAAGCGUAAUUCUUUGUUCUUGAUGUCAUUGUCACAUGCAUCCAGCAGAGGGGGUGCUACACUAAGCAAACUGAGAGUUUUUGCUUUGGGUCACUUGAGGUGUUGAUCAUCCGGAUCAACGUGCAGGAAAUGGUUCUGACUCAGGCGGCAUUUCCUGUGUUGCUCAACAAUAUCCUCCAUUCCUGGUGUUUGCUUAUGAAAUAUGUUUUGGAAAUUAAAUAUGCGCAUAUUGAAUCUGAUCCGCUGUUAUGAAUCACUUGAUAAAACAGAUCUUUCAUAUGUUAUCAGAAAAGCGUCCAACAAACUCCUCUUAGAGUUUGAGGCAAUUUCAUGUUCAUGUCUCUGAAUAAACAAUUACUUCUAAA